GAAACCCGACCCCCGCCGCCGCGGAAGAGCGGGGGGCUGCCGCUGCGCGGGAGGAGGCGGCGUGGCCGAGCGACUCCCCCAUCCGGAGGGGACACCCCUACCCCGGGCCGCGGGAAGGUGGCCCGGCCCGGCCCGGCUCGGCUCGGCUCGGCCCGGCCCGCCGGCAAGCAGGGGCGGCGCGGGGCGCGGGCUGCGGCCGUCCCGGGGCAGGGCGGGGGCGCGGCGCUGCCCGCCCGCCGAGCCGGGGAGCGGAGCCAGGCGGGAAGCUGGCGCCCGCCUGCCUCCGGCCGACCGGAGCCAUGCGGAGCGGCGGGAGGGCGAGUGGGACCGUGGGCUGGGCUGCCCCGCUGCUCCUGCUGUGGCAGUGCCUGCCGACGGCGCGGCCCUACAACCUGGACACCCGGCACCCGCUGCUCUUCCGGGGGGGCAACGGGACCCUCUUCGGGUACUCUGUUCUCCUGCACAGCCACGGCGAGGAGAGAUGGCUGGUGGCGGGCGCCCCCCGGGCCAACUGGCCGGCCAACAUCUCGGUGGCCAACCCGGGGGCCAUUUUCCGGUGCCGGAUCGGGAGGAACCCCCGCGGGCGGUGCGAGCAACUCCAGCUGGGCAACCCUCGUGGAGAGCGUUGUGGGAAGACUUGUUUGGAAGAGCGUGAUAAUCAGUGGCUGGGUGUCAGCUUAUCGAGGCAGCCAAAAGAAAAUGGAUCUAUCGUUGCUUGUGGACAUAGAUGGAAAAAUAUCUUUUACAUGAAAAGUGAACACAAACUCCCAUACGGCAUUUGUUUUGCCGUCUCUUCUGAUUUUCGAACUGAACUGAGUAGAAGAAUAUGCCCAUGCUAUUUAGAUCAUGUGCGAAAGUUUGGAGAAGACCAUGGGUCAUGCCAGGCUGGAAUAUCUAGUUUUUACAUUGAGGACUUGAUUAUAAUGGGAGCCCCUGGAUCAUUUUAUUGGACUGGUUCUGUUUUUGUAUACAAUACAACUGCAAAUAGAAUCUAUGCUUAUACAGAUUCAAAUAAUCAAGUGAAAUUUGGCAGUUAUCUAGGAUACUCUGUUGGAGCUGGACAUUUUCUGACAUCAGCCAGUACAGAAGUAAUCGGAGGGGCUCCCCAACAGGAACAGACUGGUAAAGCGUACAUUUUUAGCAUUGAGAAGCAACUAAAUAUUCUAUUUGAACUAAGGGGUAAAAAGCUUGGUUCUUACUUUGGAGCUGCAGUUUGUGCUGUGGACCUGAAUUCAGAUGGCCUCUCAGACCUGCUAGUUGGUGCUCCAAUGCAAAGUACCAUCCGAGAAGAAGGAAGAGUUUAUGUCUAUAUCAAUUCAGGUUCUGAAGCAAAGAUGGUAGAACUGAACAUAGAGCUCAGUGGGAGUGACUCAUAUGCUGCCAGGUUUGGAGAGUCCAUAGCCAACCUAGGAGACAUUGAUGAUGAUGGUUUCGAAGAUGUAGCAAUUGGGGCUCCACAAGAAGAUAACCUAAAAGGGGUUAUUUAUAUAUACAAUGGCAGGGAAGAUGGAAUAACGCCAUCAUUUUCACAGAGAAUACAAGGACAUCAAAUCACUAAUUCUUUAAGCAUGUUUGGACAAUCUAUAGCGAGUGGCAUCGAUGCAGAUAAUAACGGUUAUCAAGAUGUAGCUGUUGGUGCAUUUCUCUCCAAUUCUGCUGUGGUGCUGAGAACAAAACCAGUGAUAAUUGUUGAAGCUUCUUUAAAACAUCCUAAUUCAAUAAAUCGAACUAAUUUAAACUGCAUGGAAAAUGAGCAGCCUGCUGUCUGUAUGGAUUUGAAGAUAUGCUUUACCUAUACAGGACGAGAGGUGCCUGGUUAUACUGUACUGCUGUAUAAUCUGAGUGUUGACACGAACAGAAAAGUGGACACACAAGCAAGAUUUUAUUUUUCCUCCAAUGGAACAUCUGAUACAAUCUCAGGAAAUGUAAAGAUUUACAGCAAGAAUAUGGCCUGCAAAGAUCAUCCAGCAUUUAUGAAGAAAGAUGUAAGGGAUAUCUUGACUCCUGUACAUGUUGAAGCAAGUUAUCGUCUGGGGCAUCAUAUUCUACAGAAAAGAAAUGCUCAAGAAUUUUCACCACUUCAACCUGUUCUUCAACGGAGGAAAGAAAAAGAUAUUAUAAAAAGCAAGUUUGUUUUUGCAAGAUUUUGCUCCCAAGAAAAUUGUUCUGCUGACUUGAGAGUUUCUGGAAAAGUUGCUUUUCCAAAGCCUCAUGAUAAGAAAACGUAUCUUGCUGUUGGAAGUAUGAAGACUUUACUGUUGAACAUUUCUCUGCUUAAUGUUGGAGAUGAUGCAUAUGAAACCGUCCUCCACAUUCAAAUCCCUAAAGGUCUUUAUUUCAUCCGAAUUUUAGAAUUGGAAGAAAAACAGAUACAUUGUGAAGUAUUAGAUAAAGAAAUUCAUGCAGUGAAACUCGAAUGCAGCGUUGGUUAUUUAUAUGUAGAUCAAAAAUCAAAGCUGGAUUUUAGUUUCCUCUUGGAUGCGAGCUCAUUUACCAGAGCAGAAGAUGACCUCAACAUCAUCGUUAAUGCUACCUGUAAAAACGAAGAUGGGAACAUGUUGCAGGAUAACACGCUAACUUUAGUUGUACCUCUAAAAUAUGAGAUAGAGUUAAAUGCUCAUGGAUUUGUAUCACCAGCUUCGUUUGUUUACGGAACAAAUGAGAAUGAUUCACCAGUUACAUGUAUGAAGGAGAACAUCAACUUCACUUUCCAUGUUAUCAGCGCAGGACCAAGCAUGGCUCCAAAUAUAAACUUAGGGAUAACGAUACCUAAUGCUUUUCCACCCAGUAACUUCAAAUUAUUCAACACAUUGGAUAUCAAGACAACAGCCGGACAGUGCUUCUAUGAUAAAUAUCCCAGAAACUGUAGUGCAGUAGAAAAAAAUGAAAACAUAUUAAAGGAUGUUGUCACUUUCUUUUCAAAGCCUGCUAAGAGACAAAUGUACUGCAUGAAAAAUGACAGCCUUUGCUUACAAAUACAUUGCAAGCUUGGAAACAUGGAAAGUGGAAAAGAAGCAACCGUUCAGUUGCAGCUGGAGGCUACUCCUUCACUUCUAGAAAUGGACGACGCAUCAGCAUUGAAGUUUGAAGUAAGAGCGAUCGCCUCACCAGAAGAAAAUGCAAAAGUUACAGAACUGCACAAGGACAAGCAAGUUGCAUAUGUCUAUCUGGAAGGAGUGCACCACCGAAAGCCAAAACACCACGUUACUAUGCUCAUUAUUGGAUUAGGCUUAAUAGUUGGUGUUACCUUGCUUUUGCUUCUGUCAUUUAUACUAUGGAAGAUGGGCUUUUUCAAAAGACAAUACAAACCAGUCCCUCAAGACAAGAACAGAAGAGACAGCUGGAGUUUUAAAAGUGGGAACAAAGAUGACUAAGACGGCAAAUAAACAUUUGGUUUUAAAAUUAA